AUGGUGAGUGAGUGGUCCAAUGAGACUUUGUUCAUGGAGCGUCCAUGGCCAGAGGCAGAGAGGUGGCUGCUGGUGGCUGUGUUGGGAAUAGAGAUGGUCAUGGGAGUUGUGGGAAACUGCCUCGUUCUCCUGGUCAAAAUCAUGUGCAGACGUCAGUUCAGCUGUCGUUAUUGGCUUCCUUUCAUCAGUCUGACCUUGUCAGAUUUAGGCUGCUCCCUCCUCAUUAUCUCCAGUUCCCUGUUGGCCAUGCUGACUGGAGGUCAAAGAUCACCAUGGUGUGAGGUUGUAAGCCUGUUGAAGUUUGCCUUCAUGACCUCCUCCAUAGGGAGCAUAGCCAUCCUUUGUGUACAGCGGCUGAUUGGUGUGGCCUCCUCGAGAAGUACUCCCUUUGUUGUCAUGAUGACAGCAUGCUUGACUUCCUGGGUGACAGGGGUGGUGUUUGGGAGUGUCCCUGUUGUCUACGCCUGGAUACGGUACGAUCCUGCAGAGAUGCUGUGUGCUGUGUUCUGGGAGAGCACCUACUCAGACAUGUUGGUCUACAUUCUCUGUGCUUUUUCCAUCUGUAUCUUUCUCCCCUUCCUCUUCAUCUUCUUCUGCUCUCUGCUGAGUGCUGCCAGCUGCUGCAGGAGUGGAAACAGUGAUGAUGAAGAUCUGUCUGCAGUCACUCCUCUGCUGGUGUCCUCCUACAUCCUCUGCUACACCCCCUUUGCUGUGUCUGAGCUGAUCCUUCUGGGGAGGAUGGACCUGUCCCCAGCACCUGACUGGCUAAGAACAUUUUCAUCAGUGAUGUCAUACUUGGACUGUGGUCUGAACCCUCUUAUCUACUGCUCCAAUCAGGACUUCCGGGAGGCAGGCCUGGCUCUGCUGUGGACCAACAGAAAAAAACCAUCAGAGCCUGUGCUCACUGCUAUCACUAAACACCACAUGUAA